ACAGCUUAGAUAAAAGGAUCUUUAGAAGGUUUUACCUCAUUUCUUUAACUGAUAUUGAGAGGCUAAAGUAUGAAAGGUCAAGCGGAGAAAAAUGGAUAUAGGUAAAGUGUCAGCAUGCGUGAGAAGUCAGCAGAAUGUCAUGCUCACACAGGUCACGUGAGAUGCACAACAGAAAUGUGCUCACGUGAUCCUUCUGCAUUACACUCAACCCUUACCAAGGCAAAUGGUAAAAAUUCAAGCCCUCAGCCAACUCAUCAUCCAGAAACACGCAUUGACAACAGUUUACUUCCAACUCCUGGUGGAAGGUUAAAAUUUUUUAAAGAUGGAAAAUUUAUUUUGGAGCUAUCUCAUCGUAGAGAUGGUGAAAGAACUACAUGGUUUCCAGUCCCAAAAAAAACAUUUUGGCCACCAGCUAGUACAACUCCAAAUAGGCAGGAAAGUUCUACUUCUCUUAGUGUGUCUGAUGAUAAUUCGUCCGUACAAUCAAGUCCUUGGCAAAGAGAUCAUUGUUGGAAGCAAGCAAAUCCAAGACGUAGGAUAUCCAUGGAAUUUAAUUUUUACUAUCAUAGAAAUCCAAGGAACCGCGUGUGCGCGCAUCCUCGCUUAAUCGCAAGAAAGCGUAGACGUCCAUUAGAUCCUACUUCUCACCUACUUAUUCCAGAAUCAGUAACAAAUUACACAAAACCAAUACGAAAGGGAAACGGUACACCAACAGGGAAGGUUCUAAAUAUAAUCAUCGACAAAUUAGCGCGCCUUCUAGAUCCUAAUGUCGUUUCACCUCGUAAACGAAUUUUGCGUGAGUUGGAAAGAGUAUCGUUAGAAGAUCAAGCGUCUAAACGACGUGCAACACCACAGCCUGUUUGUACAACGAGUGCACCGACUGCGUCACCGAAACAAUUAUCGUCGUACAGCAUAACAAGUAUCUUGGGAGAAGAUAAGCCAAGUCAGGAGCAAGGCUUUCUAAGAAAUUUGUUGAAGCCGGAUGACAGACAAACUGUGAAAUACUCAUCAAGUAAUUCGUAUCCAAGGGUACGAGUAGAUCCAUACAUUGGUACCACGAAUACACCUCUUCAACAUCCACUGUAUGGUGUGCCAAUGUUACCUCCUGGACCAUAUAGAGCACCCUUAUGGAUGCAUUAUCCAUCACCCGUCCAUUACCCACCUACUAUGCCAUUGUAUGCACCACCACCGCCUCACCCCCCAUCUCCUCCAGUUCAUCAUUACAAAGACUACAGGGAACAAACUCUCACACCUCCUUCAGAUAUGCCUCUAAAUCUGUCGAAGCAUGCGGGUUGAAUCUCAGGAUCCUAAAAGCUGGUGCCUUAUCAAUGGACAAAACUGCGCAAACACUGCCCGUGC